UAUCAGUGCAACUUUCAGACAUAAUUCCUGAAAAUUAAUAGUGGAAAUUGUAAAACGAUUGAAUUUUGUGAAGUCCUAGAUGAAAAGGAUCAAUUAUUUUCUUCUCUAAAAUUGGCUCCAACUACAGUUCCCCAUAUAAAUUUCCAGGUUUGGUUUUCAUUUACAAAUGCAAUUCCGUGUACUCGACAGCAGAGGCACAGCCAUUAAUUGAAGUUCGCCCAUAGAUUCAUUGUCGGCAGUUUUCAUAGCCUGCCUACCACUGCACUCUUGGCUGAGCCAAAAUCAUUGAGCUGCAGGCCGCCUUUCUCUGUCCCCAUGGCUGCAGCAUUGCCCUCACUGACCCCACUACUCAUCUUUGCCAGAAUCUUUGGUCUGCUUGUUGCUGUUCUGGUCUUCGUUUGGGCUUUUGUAUUCAGUUCCAGCUUCGGUCAUCCCCCUCCCCGUGAUGACCGUCUCUUCGAUGUUCUGCAUCCUUUGUUCAUGGUAAUUGGUCUCAUUCUCCUCAGUGGAGAAGCAAUUUUGGUUCAUAGUUGGUUGCCUGGUUCGAGAAAUUUGAGGAAAUCUGUUCAUCUGAGUCUUCAAGGGCUAGCUUUGGCUUCUGGGAUUUCCGGAAUUUGGACCAAGUUUCAUUGGGAUCGUGGCUUUUUGGCUAAUUUCCACAGUUUACAUUCUUGGAUGGGUUUGGUUGUCAUCACUUUGUUUGGGGCUCAGUGGAUGAUGGGGUUCCUGAGCUUCUGGCAUUGGAGGGAGGUGAGGGCAACAAGAGAAAGAGUGCUGCCAUGGCAUGUGUUUCUUGGUUUAUACAGUUAUGCAUUGGCAGUGGUAACAGCAGAAACAGGGCUUCUUGAGAAGUUGACAUUGUUGCAAACAAAGAGAAAUGUACCUAGGAAGGGUCCUGAAGCCAUGGUAGUGAACAGUCUAGGCUUGUCACUGGUUUUGCUUACUGGAAUGGUGAUGCUUAUUGCUAUAUCUCCUAAAUAUCCUCCUUCCCUCCCCACCAUCAAACAACAACAACAACCAUUUUUCUCUAAUUCAAAGCCCUUAUCUUCUUAAUUUUGUUGCCUCUUCUGCCAUUUUCUUCUUGUGCAUUAGCCAUAAAUAAGAACUCUUUCCUUUUCUACCUUCAUGGUGUGUGGUACAUAAGAAAAGAUUUCUCGUAGUA